AUGGCAUCUUCAAAGGCAAACCUUUCUACCAGGGGCGACGUGUUUGCUACCCCAACCAGCAAGAUCCCGCUGUUGGAUGUGGUUUGCGACUUGUGGCACCCAGAGACCAACCCUGGCGGAUAUGUUAGUCUCGGUGUUGCCGAGAACACUUUGAUGCACGAGGAAGUCAUCGAGCACAUGACCAAGAACUUUGGCAUCGACAGUCAUUCUCUGACUUAUGGUGACGGUUUCUCUGGCUCUCAUCGCCUUCGAGACACGAUUGCGAGAUUUGUCAAUCGUAAUUUUAACCCUCAUGAGCCUGUCACUAAGAACCAGCUCCUCAUUACCUCUGGUGUGGGCCAGGCAAUUGAGGUGAGCGGCUUCUCAAUCUGCGACAAAGGUGACGGUGUCUUGCUUGCCCGCCCACAUUAUGGAAACUUUCCUAUUGAUUUAGGCUACCGAGUUGAGGCCAAAAUCAUUGGCGUCUCCUUUGAAGAAACGGAUCCGUUCGGCCUAGAGACAGUCGAGGUCUAUGAGAAGGCUCUUGCGGAUGCCCAAGCAAGGGGAAUUCGAGUCAAGGCCCUUCUUCUCUGCAACCCGCAUAAUCCCCUGGGUCGUUGCUAUACCAGAGAGGUCAUUGAGGCGUACAUGAGAUUCUGCCAGAGGCACAGUCUCCAUCUUCUCAGUGAUGAGAUCUAUGCUCUGUCAGUUUGGAAGAACCCAGAGUUCCCUGAUGCGCCCGAGUUCACGUCGGUCCUAGCUAUCAAUACCGAUGGCAUUAUUGAUCGAAACCUGAUCCAUCUCUUUUGGGGAAUGAGCAAGGAUUUUGGGUCCAACGGAAUCAGACUUGGAUGUGUCAUCAGUCGAAACGAGGCAUUCAUUCGUGCUUGCGAAGCAAACUCCUACUUCACUUGUCCGUCAUCUCUAUCUGACCUGGCUACCUCGCGUAUUCUCUCCGACGACGCCUUUGUUGAAUCCCUCACCAAGACGAACCGGUUACGGCUAGCCGAGAACUACAUCAUGACGUCCAAGUUUCUAGAACGUCACCAGAUUCCGUACAAGAAGGGUUCCAACGCUGGCUUGUUCAUCUGGGUUGAUUUGUUUGCUCCCAUCCAGGCACAAAUUUCCACUGCCCUGAAGAAGCAGGGAGGCAUUCAUUCCGAGAAGGCGUUGGGGGAUCUCCAGUUAAAACUCUACACGACUCUACUGAAGCAUAGAAUCUUUCUCGCACUCGGAGCCGACUUUGGGGGCGAUGUACCUGGUUGGUUUCGCAUCGUCUUUGCUCACAAAAAGACGUAUUUGCAGCUGGGGCUGGACCGCAUGAUUGAAGCAAUUGAAGUAUUCCGUCGUGAGCUUGAGACAGGUGUAGGUGUGGACACUGUCACUACAAAGCUUGAGAGUGUGGAGGUGUAG